CUGCCUGAUCUCUGUUCAGAGGAGAUGGAAAAGGGAAAUCUCUCGGAGGUGACUGAGUUCAUUCUCUCAGGACUGACAGAUCGUCCGGAGCUGCAGGUCCCGCUGUUUGUGGUGUUCCAACUGAUUUAUGGUAUCACCCUGGUGGGGAAUGGGGGGAUGAUCUUGUUAAUCACAAUUGAUCCCCGAUUCCACACCCCCAUGUACUUUUUCCUCAGUAAUUUGUCUUUCUGUGACCUCUGCCUUUCCUCAAUAAUUUCCCCUAAAAUGCUGCUGAAUUUCUUUGCUGAGUGGAGAAGCAUUUCUUCUACUGCCUGUACUGUGCAAAUGCAUCUCUCUAUCAUUUUUGGAGAUGUUGAGUGCCUCUUGCUGGCUGUGAUGGCAUAUGACCGUUAUGUGGCCAUCUGUAACCCGCUGCUCUAUACGGUCACCUUGUCCCGGCAGCUUUGUAAACAGCUGGUGGCUGGGGUGUACGCUGUGGGGGUGGUGGAUUCAAUGAUAUACAUGUGUUUUACAUUUCGGGUGUCAUUUUGCGGCUCCAACAUCAUCAAUCAUUUCUUCUGUAACGUCCUCCCACUGUUGGCGCUCUCCUGUUCUCAAAACCGCAUCAAUGAGAUUGUGAUGUUUGCUUUCAUGAGCUGCAUUACAGUGAGCAGCUUUCUGACUGUCCUCCUCUCCUAUGUCUAUAUAAUCUCCACCAUCCUGCAGAUGCGCUCUGCUGAGGGUCGGCGCAAAGCCUUCUCCACUUGCACUUUCCACUUAACGGCUGUGCUCCUGUCUUUUGGCACUCUCUUCUUCAUGUACUUACAUCCCACCUCCAGCUAUUCCAUGGACAGAGACAAAGUGACCUCAGUGUUUUACACGCUGGUGAUCCCUAUGUUGAACCCUCUCAUCUACAGCCUGAGGAACACAGAGGUGAAGGAUGCCCUGAGGAAAGCAAUGAAUAAACUCCUAACCAUUUCUUGA